ACUUAGCACUAGCCCCACCAAAUUACAAAAAAUCUCAUAAUUAUAACACGCCAAUACCAUCCGACACACAAAACCUAAUCAAAGAAAAACAUAAGGCACGAAGAAUCUGGCAAACACACCGGUCUCCAGCAGUCAAAAAACGUUUAAAUCAACUAACAAGAAGAGUAGAAUGGGAACUGGAUAAUCUAAGAUAUAAUUCUUACAAAGCAUACGUAUCAAAAAUAAAUCCAAAUGACUCAAGUCUUUGGAUAGCUACCAAAAGAAUCACUAAACAGCGUGAAACAAUUCCCCCUUUAAUAAACGGAUUAGCCAAGUAUGAAACUAACAUAGAAAAAUGUGAAAUCUUUGCCCAACAUUUUGAAAGCUGUUUUACAACUGAUGAAAACCAUACAAACCAAAAUGAAGUAGUAAACCUUGAACAAAGAAACAUAGAAAAUCAACCAAUAGUCAAUCCCAUUAGCCCAUGUACCCCUAAAGAAAUACAGAUAAUAAUAAAUAAACUAGCUAGUAAAAAAAGCUCGGGACAUGAUCUAAUAACAAACAAAAUACUCAAAAAUCUCUAUCAUACAUAGCUAGCCUCAUGAACUCCUCCAUGAGACUAGGCUAUUUUCCCGACACAUGGAAAAUUGCAAUCAUUAUCCCUACACAUAAACCAGGAAAACAAAAUAGUUCACCCAAAAGUUACAGACCCAAAAGUCUACUCCCAACUUUCUCAAAACUCCUUGAAAGAAAUCUGCUGCACAGAAUUAAACCGUUCCUAAAAAUUAUACCACUACAUCAAUUCGGUUUCAAACCAUUUCAUUCGACAACCCAUCAGCUACAACAGAUCUCUGAAAUCAUAGUAAACGGUUACGAAAAUAAAAAAUUUACCACGUCGGCCUUUUUAGACAUAUCGCAGGCCUUCGAUAAGGUUUGGCACCAUGGGCUUAUUUUAAAAAUAAAAUCCCAAAACCUACCUUUAUACCUUAACAAUACAUUUUUGUCAUUUAUAGCAAAUCGUAAAUUUCAUGUCAGAAUAGGAACAGAUAUAUCACAAAUACAUAAUGUUAAGGCUGGAGUUCCACAGGGAUCUGUGCUAGGACCAUCUCUAUUCAAUAUCUACUGUCACGAUAUACCAACACCGCAACACUGCCAUCUAGCAAUGUUCGCAGAUGACACUGCAAUAAUAACGCAAAACCAAACUCUUGAAUCUUCAAUAAGAGACCUACAAAACUCCUUAAAUGAACUAUCCCUCUGGUUCUCAAAAUGGAAACUAACACUAAAUCCAACCAAAAGCGAAGCAAAAAUAUUUACACUCAGAAAAUACAUAAACCCGACCCUACUUCAAAUAAACAAUAAAGAAAUCAACUGGAAUAACAAAGACGACUUAGUAAAAUAUUUGGGCCUGCACCUUGAUGAAAAACUAAGCUGGAAAAUACACAUCAACAAAAAAUUAAACCAAGGAUACACUAGGCUACGAAUACUGUACUCCCUAUUAAAUCAUAGCUCUACCAUACAAAUGAAAUGCUCUCUACUCCUUUAUACAGCAAUAAUAAGACCUUUAGUAACCUAUGCAUGCCCAGUAUGGGCAUCUGCCUCCAAAACAAAAAUUAAAAAAUUACAAACCCUCCAAAACAAAUUCCUAAGAAUAGCCCUAAAGGCCCCUUG